AUGAAAGUAGAAAAAGGUUUAAUCAGCUUACUCAUUCGUGGGUUCCAGGGUGUUUUUGCAAUUGUUUCAUUAGGAUUAGCAGCAACGUACUUGUCUGGUGUUGGUUUCAACGUUGAUACGAUAUCAUUUAUUGUAGCAACCUCGGUAUUAACUUUACUUUAUUUGGGUUAUAUUCUAGUUGUUGUCCCCAGAGGAAUAAAUGGACAAUCACCUUCGCUAGUCAUAUUGAUUGGUGAUACAAUAUUUUUGAUUUUUUACUUGGCUGCUUGGGCGGCAAUUGCAAGUGCUUUCCCAACAACUUGCAAUUUUCCCAUUCCUUUCUAUUAUAGCAGUAGGUACACGCUGUCAACAUGCCGUGCGGCACAAGCUUUACUUCCAUUCACUUUAUUCAAUUGGGUUUUAUUCGUUGCUAGUUUGGUGUUAUUCCUUAUCUACAGCUAUAUUCCUGAAGUUAAAAACCUUGGUUUCAAAAACGGGGUCAAAUUCUCUGAAUAUUACUGGGGUUGCAUAUAUCCAAGUGUAGAUGGUGAAGCUAGGAAAAAAUGGUUUGGUACUUGGUGUUCAAAAAGUACAGCAGCAGCAGGAACAACCGUUGAAGAAAGUGAAGCCGCACAUGACGAUGAGCAAAUAUCAAGCUGUGAAGACAAAGGAACCACAGCUAAUGACGACGAAGCUAAUGUUGGUAUAACGUCAAAGGAUAAUGAUGUUCAAGUUGAUACUGCACCUUCUGAUAAAGCACCUUCAACAGACGAAGCAAACGCAAAAUAG